AAUCAGACAGACAUGGAAGUGGUCUAUUUUCUUCUGAGCUGCUGUUUGUUGCGGCCCAUUGUCGCUGGUGAUGUGUCCAUAUUACCCAACUCACCAACAAAUGUAACAGUUGAGUUUGUGAACCUAUCUGAUCCACUUCUUGCAAAAGUGACUUGGAACGCAUCACCGGGCGAGGUUGACUUUUACCGGAUGACCAUCCAAAAGAAGGGGACAGACUUUCUACAAGUGAGGAACACUCGCCGAGGGACAGAGUUGUUCACAUUUCUAGAGCUUGAAGAAACGUACGAGAUCAGAGUGGCUGCCAACAACGGCGGAAAAUUCAGUGAAAAUGCAAACCUUACUGUUGAGACAACUACUCUUUUCGACCCUACUGCAACGGUGAAGAAUAUUACCAUUACGAACAUUACGCUUACUUCCGUACAAGUGUCAUGGGAACCUCCGCGUGGAAAGGUCAAAUAUUACACAUUAGAAUAUUCAGAAACGAGGACAGAUACUGCAAGACUGCGCCAAAGUUUCGCUCCACACAUGCCUUCUGCGGGUACCCGUGUCACUCUCACCUUGCAUAAUCUUAAGCUAGCCACCAGCUACUCCUUGACAGUCAGACCCUACUUCGUCGAAGGUCGUGGAAUGGAAUCGGAAAUUUCUUUUAGAUCUGCAAGACCACCAAUGUCCAAAUUACCCAACUCGCCAACAAAUGUAACAGUUGAGUUUGUGAACCUAUCUGAUCCACUUCUUGCAAAAGUGACUUGGAACGCAUCACCGGGCGAAGUCGACUUUUACCGGAUGACCAUCCAAAGGAAGGGGACAGACUUUCUACAAGUGAGGAACACUCGCCGAGGAACAGAGUUGUUCACAUUUCUAGAGCUUGAAGAAACGUACGAGAUCAGAGUGGCUGCCAACAGCGGCGGAAAAUUCAGUGAAAAUGCAAGCCUUACUGUUGAGACACCUGCUCUUUUCGACCCUACUGCAACGGUGAAGAAUCUUACCGUUACGAACAUUACGCUUACUUCCGUACAAGUGUCAUGGGAACCUCCGCGUGGAAAGGUCAAAUAUUACACAUUAGAAUAUUCAGAAACGAGGCCAGAUACUGAAAGACUAGGCCAAAGUUUCGCUCCACACAUGCUUACUGUUACACUUGUCACUCUUACCUUGUAUAAUCUUAAGCUAGCCACCAGCUACUCCUUGACAGUCCGACCCUACUUCGUCGAAGGUAGUGGAAUGGAAUCGGAAAUUUCUUUCAAAACUGCCAGACCAGUUACAGAAGCAGUCGAUUUGGUAAAGGACUGUCUGAGCACGGAGAACUGUUGGGUGGAGUAUAACUUCACGGCACCUUCCACCUGGAACGACUGCGCUGGGGGAGCCAAGUACGUCAAGAAGAAUCACUACGAUACUGGAUUAUUCUUAGGUGUGGAGCUCUGUACUGCCACAGAAUACAAAUUGUUUCUCUCCAACAACUUCACCUCCGAGUACAAGCACAUCGCGGACGUAGGCGGCCAUGGGGCUGAUCACUGCGAGAUGAUGGCAGCUCCAGGCGUAGUACAGGAGAGUGACAUGUGGGCUUCGUAUCAAGACAUUUUCACUUCUCCGAUGAUAAAAGGUUUUUAUCGCUAUAACGUGGGUGACAAUCCGAGUUAUGCGGAUAUUGGAGCCAGGCCCGUCUCGACUAGCAAAUUAUACCCGAAGUCAUACAAGUGCGGGAUUGCGGUCCCUGGCUCUGUCAGGGUCGUAAGGUACGAUGGGUCUUCCGACAGUGAUUUGGUUACUUUUACUGAACCUACACCAGGGGGAGCAUUAUCAGACGCAAACGAUUCCGUAAAGGACUGUCUGAGCACAGAGGACUGUUGGUUGGAAUAUGACUUCACGGCACCUUCCACCUGGAACGACUGCGCUGGGGGAACCAAGUACGUCAAGAAGAAUCACUACAGUGUCGGAAAGUUCUUAGGUGUGGAACUCUGUACUCCAACAAAAUACAAACUGUUCCUCUCCGACGACUUCAACUCCGAGUACAGUCACAUCGGCGAUAGGAGCGGCCAUGGGGGUGAUCACUGCGAGAUGAUGGCAGCGCCAGGCGUAAUACCAAAGAAUGACAUGUGGGCCUCGGACGAAGGGCUUUUCGAUUCUCCAAAUAUAAAAGGCUAUUUUCGCUAUAACUGGGAGGAUACUCCGACUUACGGUGAUAUAGGAGAAAAGCCCAUUUGGACUGGCAGAUUUUACCCGAAAUCUUACAAGUGCGGGAUUGCGGUCCCCGGUUCUGUCAGGGUCGUGAAAUACGAUGUGUCACCCGACAGUGGCUUGAUUUCUCCCACAGCUGGAGCUACAACGCCAGAAAUUGAACCUCCCGAGGCCCUCACAUCCUGUGACAUGCAAAAGGUUGAUAAUGCCCUGAUGCGCGAGGUCAGCAUGUACGUUAUUCAAAGCAGUUCAGAAGACCACUGCAGUGACAAAUGCCGCGACAUUACAAUGUGCGAUGGGGCCACCUUUAUCAAGGGGACGAACGAUUGCCUGAUUCAUCUCAGGCGGGGAUUUAUUUUGCCCCCACGGUCCCGGGAUAGCUGCUGUACGACCUAUAAGAAGGAUUGUCCGCUAAUUAAAAGACCCGCAACCCGGCCCAAUGAACAGAUCCUUUGCGCCCUUGACCGGAGCACCCGUAAACCUUCCGAGAAGUAUGCAUAUAGAGUUCUGAGGCUAACAAAUAACUUUGAUCGCGGAGAGUACUCAUGCCGUACAGACGAGUUGUGCGCUGGACUUUCGUUUAAGGCCUCUGACGGAAAUCUCGUCGACUAUACCUUCUAUUAUAAUAAUGCCCCUGAGCCGGGCGUCACGUUUUCCAAUUCUUCUUUCGUCAAGAACUGUCAAACAGGCGGUCCAACGUGUAGAAAACUAAAGGCGGUGUUUGGUAAGACCCUGAAGGACAUCAGCCCUUACCGCAGAAAGACAGCGGUGCGAACGAAGGCGGAGUGCGUCGCCUCCUGUGAAGGCGAUCGAGUCGGAUGCUCGGCAGCAACAUUUCGCUGGAAGAACAAGGAAUGCUGGCUGUAUCGUUUCCACGAGGAGGACUAUGACUAUCAGUUAGAGCCUGUUCGUUUAUCGGAUGGAAAGGUCAUGACGUGGAUCAAGGAUCCAACAUUGUGCCAUCCGGGACGUAGAAUAUAGUUACAGUUACAUUUGAGUACCGAAUCAAAUUUCGUGGUCUGAUCAGAUGGCAUUAUUGACGUACAUGUAUAGGCCUAUAACUUAGGUCUCGUUGGGGAGUUUUUCCCGAAUGUACGCGAUGAUGACGGGGCCCAUUAACAGGACGUAACAUCUAUUUUUAAAUGCUUUCCCAAAGUGAUUGCAUGAGGACAACCCAUUUGUGUUGUAUAUCGCUGGAAACACCCGAUUCCCCUGAUUCUGCAGGAUGAUAAAUCGGGCAUUUUAUUUCUUUAAAUAAAUCAUAAGCGUCGAAUUUGCUCCUAGCCCUGUUCACCAUCCCAAAUGGCAAUAUUGCCAAUACAAUCACGGAAAACCCCAAAUAUUAUACAUUUUUCCUGAAUAAAUCUUACAGUGGCCAUUCUCCCGUGAAAGAUGGUUGCUUACGCUACACAAAGAUUAAAAAAAAAUUGAGGGUCAACCGUUGAACUUUU